UGCAGCUGUGACUAACAAGUUGCUUCAAUUCUAUGGGCGAUCGCUACCAUAGGGUUGACAUAUAUAAUUGCCACACUCGGUUGACCGGUGACAUUUCACUUGUGGCGACCGCUUCUGAUGCGGAGCAACAGCCAGCGGUGUAUGAGAGUGAUGAGGUGGCAGUAAGACGGUCCACAAGGCCACGCAAGCAGAAUAAAAAAUACCUUAUUUAAAUAAGUUUCAGUAUUAUUUGUGUUUCAGUUGUAAAUAAGAGAACAAGUCUUCCUGAUUUUCAGGGAGAACGUUCUCCACUUUCCCUUUCCCUGCAUUUUUGGAGUCCAUGACUCCACCUUUCCGUUCUUUUGUUCAGGUACUUGGCUAUUUAUAUCAAUGAAAAACAUCAAAAAUAGGUAGUCUAAACUACCAAAAUCACCUGUCUUAUGCUAGUACGAGCAUAUCUCUUUGGCUUUGAAGAGGGACCUUAUCAAUUUGGUAUCAGAGCCGUUUGGUUCUUGUUGGCGGUAUUCUCUACGAAUCAACGCCCAUCAAGAAUUUUCUUCAGUAUCACUCACCCCAAUUCACAACAUUCCACCCCGAAAAUCACAGAAACCAAACAAGCCAAGGGUCGUUGUCCAGGGAGACGAGCCCAUGCCGAACAACAAGGAGAGACUCGACGACUUGGAGGCAGGCCUUGGGUUGAUGCAGGAGAGUCUCGGAACUGUGCAAGAUGAGCUUCAGAAGAUAAACACCGGCAUAGGAGACCAAUUCCGGAGUUUGGAGACUCUGUUCAACCGAAAUCUAGAAGAUGCUGUGAACCGAAUGAGGGAAUUGAUGGCGGCCAACCGCGAAAGUGGGUCCAGCGCAGCACGGGGCCAUCGUCGGACAGAAGAGCACGGGGAAAGUCACGUGUAUACCACAAACCCUCCACACGGACAUUCCCGUCCGGUGAAGCUGGAAUUCCCAAAAUUCAGCGGUGGAGACCCGGAGGAAUGGAUGAGCAAGGCAAAGCAGUACUUCGCCUAUCAUGAGAUGCCACAAGAUCAGAGGGUUAGCUUUGCUUCUUAUCACUUGACGGAGGAAGCCAACGCGUGGUGGCAAGCGAAGUCAAGAGCUCGGGGUUUCGACCCCCAUCGGAUCUCGUGGGAAACAUUUGAGGCUGAGCUGUGGACGCGAUUUGGCCCAAUUGACGGUGAAGACUUUGAUGAAGCGCUCUGCCACAUCCGCCAAAAAGGGACGCUAAUUGAGUAUCGAAGAGAAUUUGAAAGGCUGCAGAACAAGGUUGAAGGAUGGUCAGAGAAGGCAUUGGUGGGGGCGUUCAUGGGAGGACUUCACCCAUCUAUUUCCAGUGGGAUUAGAAUAUUCAAACCGAAGACACUGAUGGAGAUCAUCAACCUGGCCAGAUUAAGAGACGAUCAGUUACAGAAAGAAAGAAAAUGGGGUGGACAGCGGUCCUACAAUUCCAAACCCUUGCCUCAAAUUGGAAACUCAUCACCAGAUCAUGUUCAAUCAUCAUCACUGGGUGAUAAACACACACCGGGUCCACGGCGGCUGAGUUGGGAGGAGCUUAAAAAGAAGCGGAGCUUGGGGCUGUGCUUUAGUUGCGAUGAACGGUUUUCACCGGGACACAAAUGCAAGCAGCCACAGCUGUUUGUCAUGGAGAGCGAACAAGAUUCUGACAACCAUGAAGAAGAACUGUUAGCGGCAAUGGAUCAAUCACCAGAGAUCACAUUACAUGCCUUGACAGGUUGGGAUGCUCCUACAACCCUUCGUCUUCGCGCAGGCAUAAGUAAUCGCAAACUGGUUGCCCUUGUGGACAGCGGCUCAACCCACAAUUUCAUCAGUAUAAGGGCAGCGCAGCAACUCCGGUUAAAGCAGACACCUACGACACCAUUCCUGGUACGAGUCGCCAACGGUGAACCAAUGAGGUGUGAGUGCAGGUAUGACGAUGUUAAGGUACGGAUUGGUGAGGUUACUUUCACAAUGACCUUACACGCACUUCCGUUAGUGGCCCUAGACUUGGUUCUGGGAGUUAAAUGGCUGGAAGGUUUAGGGCCGGUGACCUGUGAUUGGAAAGCUCAGACGCUGCAAUUUAAGUGGGGAUGCCGGACUCAUGUGUUCCGGGGACUCAAAGCUGCCAUGAUUCAGGCCACGGAUGCACAUGACAUGAGCAGGGAAGCUCGUCGAGGACACACUCUUUAUGCGAUCUGUCUCGCUGAAGCAGAAGAACCAUUGAUGCCAGUAGCCGAGCCACUGAAAAACUUGAUCCAGGAAUUUGAGACACUAUUUCAGAUCCCAGACGGUCUCCCCCCUAGCCGCGAGAUUGAGCAUCACAUUACACUCAAGGAGGGCACUGAUCCUAUCAACGUUCGUCCCUACCGCUACGCACACUAUCAGAAGGAAGAGAUUGAGAAACAAGUGGCGGAUAUGCUCAACUCAGGAAUCAUUCGUCCAAGUUCCAGCCCCUUUUCAUCACCAGUGCUAUUAGUUAAGAAAAAGGAUGGUUCUUGGAGGUUUUGCACGGAUUACCGGGCCCUAAAUGCGGCAACAAUUAAAGAUCGAUUCCCAAUUCCCACAGUAGAUGAUAUGUUAGAUGAGCUACACGGGGCAGCUUACUUCACCAAACUCGAUCUUACGGCAGGAUAUCAUCAGGUUCGUAUGCAUUCUCCAGACAUCGCCAAGACUGCAUUUAGAACACAUAAUGGGCAUUACGAGUAUUUGGUAAUGCCCUUUGGACUGUGCAACUAGAGAUGGCAAUUUCGGCCGACCCGUUGGAUACCCGCACCGAACUGAUUUGGUCAAACUGGGGAAAACCGGUUUGACUGGGGAAUGGGUACGGGGCGGGGAAUACCCGAAUUUUUUAAAUGGUUAAUGGUGCGGUUAUGGUUCUAUACUAAUCCGCCCCGUUAUCCGCCCCGAAACUGCCCCGUUCACUAAUGGUGCGGGUACCCGCACCGUUACCCGAUCCGUAACAUUAUUAAUGAAUUACUA